UGUGCCUUUCCUAUAUUUUGGCGCUAGUAAACUAUUAUUAGUUCCUGAAACAGUGUGUAAUUAUUGAUUCGGGACUAACGUUUCUUAAGUUUUUUGAAUGAUGAGGGUAUCUCCGGAGAAGGAUUCGAAUGAGGCUUCGUCGAGCAGUAAGACAUACAUUAGGCACAGAGUGCAAAGCUAUGUUGAGGGAGUUGACACAAGUCGUGAAAAUUACGAAACAUAUAUACCAGCCGAGGAUCAGGCGGAUUUUGUAGAUAAGGAGACUGUUGAAGUCGUCGAGGAGGUCAUCGAGGUUUCCAGCAUUACACGCGGUUUAAUUGCCGAAACAGUUUUGGGUUACAUAUGGUGGUCUCUUAUACAUGCUGUGGGAGCAAUGAUAUGGUUCUAUCCACUCAAUGAACUUGAGAUAUCAGGAUAUGAGGCUUUUGCAGUUGUUCUUCUUUCUCCUAUUAUUACAAAAAUUUCAUUCAUAUCAAGAUUCAUAUCAUCUCCAGUAGGACUUACUGUUGUGAGAUUAUGCUCUAUGGUUGGUGUAAUCUCAUUUCAGGCCCCAACAACGUUUUCUCGUUUGAUACUGCUCAUGUUCGGAUGUGGAAAUGCGAUGCUGUGGUUGUGUGGUUCCUGGUGGUCAACUUCACCAAGAGAACGAACCCUUUCGUUCUGGGGAACUAUCCUUGGAUUUUUUGCAAUGCUGUCUCUAAGAAUAUGUUAUGUCUCGUUAAAUCCAAUUUGGUGGAGUCCAACAUUUAACACAGCAACCUGUAUUGCUGGCAUUGUUAUGACGAUAAGCCAAGCCGUAUUUAUCUCGGGCGACAGUUGUGUGGUAAAGACAAAAAAAAGUAUUGACAUAAGUUGGCACCAAUGGCUACGUAUUAGUGUCGGAUUUUCCGCAAUGUUUUGGCUGACGCAUUGGGUGUUUGGGGAAGUAUCACUUGUUUCACGUUGGGCUGUGACUGGCCUUCCCGAAUCUGGACCAAACCCAAAUCCAUGGGGUAUUGCCGUUCUGAUUGGCUUAAGUUUCGGUAUCAUGCUUUCUCCUAACGAUUGGACGAAGUCGUUCGUUUGGUGGUUAAUUGGUUCGGCUGGGGCGGCAAUGUUAUACCGCUUACCUACACACUGGUCAUUCGUUGGCGGGAUUAUCCUAGCGGUCUAUCUCAUGUCGAUCUGGCCGUUAAUGGCGGAUAAGUUGGCGCGCUGCAAUCCUGGUUCAACGUUACCGCUUGCCAUGGGACUAUAUAUUGUCUUGAUUUUAGCAUCUGUUUGGGUUGUGGCGUUCAACUUCGUACCAGGCGGAGAAUUCACACGUGAAAGAACGGGCACAUUGAUGGCUAUUACGAUGCUAUUAAUUGGUACUGGCAUUGCUACAAACGUGCCUCUUCUUGAGACAAAGAGCAAGAAUGGACCAAAAUCAAGUUCGAAAAUGGUAUUUUUGAAAUUACACGGAGACCGAUUGCUAUUUUUUAAAACAUACGUCAAGAUAGGUUUGAUAUUUAUUCUCAUCGGUGGCUGUGCAGCAAUGUUAUUGCGUUGCAAUUCCAUGAAAUAUAACACACCUAGUCAGGGCGAUGAAAAGAAAUUCUCAGCGGCCGUGUGGACUGUUCACUUUGGAUACGAUAAUCAGGGCUGGCCGAGUUAUGAAAGAGCUGCACUGAUGUUAAAUGAAACUGGAGCGGAUGUCAUAGGCCUGCUUGAAAGUGACUGUUCAAGGCCGUAUCUUGGUAAUAAUGAUCUCACCAUGUGGCUGGCGGAAAGGCUGGGGAUGUACUCGGAUUUUGGACCCUCAACCAGAGAUCACACGUGGGGUUCUUUGAUCUUAUCAAAAUAUCCCAUUGUGAAAUCCUCUCACCACUUGCUUCCUUCCCCAGAAGGAGAGCUAGCCCCUGCACUUAGUGCUAGUGUCAAUAUCUCUGGUCAGCUGGUGGACUUUGUUGUAGUACAUAUGGGAAAUGAUGGGGAUGACCUGGAUCGGAAGCUACAAGCUCAAGAGCUGGCACGCAUCAUGGAUGAAAGUCAUAACCCAACAGUUUUCUUGGGCUACGUCACUUCCGCUCCUGGUAGUCGGGAUUAUCAUGUCUUACUUAAUAAUGGUAAAAGGAAGGAUAUAGAUCCCAGCGAUAAAGAGCGAUGGUGCGAAUAUAUCAUGUAUGAUGGAUUGAUAAGACAAGGCUAUGCUAGGAUUUCUCACGCAGGAUUGAGUGAUACUGAGGUUCAAAUUGCAAAGUUUUUAAUACCAGAUGAUCCCAAAAACUACUCGGAUAAUCAGCGAACUACGACGGUUGAAAGUGAGGUGCCUGAAAUAUCGCGGUUUUCUAAUCGGUUUGGAAACUUCUUCAGAGGUCACUAUUAUGCAUGGCAGCAUCAUUUUCACAUGUCUACACCGAAGUACUUCCUGUAGUCACAAUAUAGUGCUAUUGCUACAAUACAACAUGGUUAAUAUUACGGACAGCAAAUUCAUGAUGGAAUAACAAUAGCAAAAAAUGUAAGUUCACCUGUGCUCAGAGCGUCGUCGAAAUUGAACACCAUUCGGUGAAAUCCGUUCCGUGCAAUUACCGUUAUAAAUUGCACUCCACACCACUGCGCAGUAGGCAACUUUUCUUUCAUAUUGAGCUUGCUUUAAUGAGUUAAAUCGUCUAUAAUAAAAUACGGCACUGAACGGUUUAAUUUCUAUAUUAUUCAUGCAUUUAGGACGUAUCUAUUAUUAAUGCUUGCAAAUAAUUUAAAUUGAAGCCUAAUUUUCAGCGCGGAAAUGAUAUGUCGUAAAUGUUAUUCGACACAGAAAGGCCGAAAAACCAAAUCGUUAUAAUAAAUACAAUUUUAGACAGAGGGCAUUGGAGAUGCUCACGGAUCUAAUAGUAUAUACUUGUGCGAUAUCGAGCACUUUGUAGUGACUAUCAAGAUUGAAUAGCGAGAUUUAAAAAAAAUUAUACACGUUUUUAUUAAUUAACGGGCUGGUGUGUAGACGUUAAUUAAAUCCGAUUGCCUUGUAUUUUCAGGGUAUCAAAGCACGAAUUGCAUUAAAUCAUAAAUGCGCCAAAUGUAAAGAUUUGGGGACUAAAGUGUUAAGGAAAUACAAGUAAAAACACAUUAAAUCACUUGAUAAGAAAAUAAGAAAAUUAGCCACUAAGCAAUAACCAAGAAUUUAGAAUCACCAAUAUCAUGCAAGAAGAAUCAAUGUUAUCAGUCAGUUUUUUUAGAAACAGCGCGCUGCAUAACAUAACCUUAUUCAUUAUAUUAAAAACUAUGACCAAAUAGUUAACGUGAUAUAUUGGCACAGGGCUGCCGCCUUUUGCACCUUUAUAAGCGGAGGGCAGUGGGUGCUGCUUCCCCGUGGCUGCGGCGUCCCCGUAUCUGCGACGCAUGCAGUAUUGCACUGAAGUGAAGUGGUACGAAAUACACAAGUUACAAACUAUGCUAUUUUUUCUGACAAGGGUAUUGAGCUCUCGUUUGAUGUAUAUUAUGUUACGUUUUGUUCUUAUUCCUUAAUUUUGAAGAUUGAAGAAGUGUAUUAGACAACAAACUUACUGUUAACCGGUUCAGCAUAAUCUAUGUCGGCUUUAUUAUGAUGUUUCUAUACUCGCAUGCAUACUGCACAUGCAUAAUAUCAGUGCAAUCUUUCGAGCACGUAAUGCAGGCCUGAUGUAUACGUAACGUCCUGUGUGAAUGUUCCGUAUAGAGAACUACUAUACAGUAUAAAUAUCCUUGCAUCAUAGGGGGUUA